AUGGCCGAUACGCUAGUGUCAUUAGCUGGUGCGCGCAGUGAUGUAUGGAAGUCAUUUGGUUUUAAAGUUGACGAUAGUGGUGUAAUAAUAAAUCAUAAAAAAGUUACUUGUCGUAAUUGUUUACUGGCAAUAGGAUAUUCUGGUAACACUUCCAAUUUAAAAUCACACUUGCAACAAUGCACAAAAGGCAAGUCUGAAUCUAAAAUAUCCAUUUCGACAUUUUUUACCAGUUCCAAGUCCAAAUUAUCAUCCAAUAGUAAACGCCACAAAGAGCUCACUAAAGGUCUAUUGAACUUUGUUGUGAGAGAUGUACGGCCCUUCAAUCUUAUUGAAGGAAAAGGAUUUAGAGCGUUCAUGAAUUUGGCUGUUCCAGAAUAUGUAGUACCCAGUAACGCAACCAUAACAAGGCUAUCCGAUCAUAUUACAUCAAAAGAAAAACUAAACUUUAAAACCCAUCUUAAAAAUAUCCCUCAUAUUUGCCUAACAAUUGAUUUUUGGACAUCACGUGCCGUCAAUAGUUAUCUUGGUGUUACAUGUCAUUUUAUUGAAAAUUGGAAGCUAAAAAGUAGAGUUUUAGAGACAGUAAAUAUUGAAGAAUCCCACACAUCCUUAAACAUAGUAAAAAAUCUCAAAACAAUUAUAAAUGAUUAUUGGGAAAUGGAUGGCAGAGUUUGUGCAAUAGUCUGCGAUAAUGCACCAAAUAUGACAAAGGCGGUACGACAUUUAGAACAUGUGAAUUUAGUCAGGUGUUCUGCUCAUAGCAUACAACUGGCUAUAAAUUAUGGGCUUAAAGACGAAUCAAUUACAGAUCUUCUCAUAACUCUUCGUAAAAUAGUUGGACAUUUUCAUAGAAGUGCGGUGGCUCAACACAAUCUUGAACAAGAACAGGACAAGCUUCAGAUUCCAAAAAGUAAAUUGGUGCAAGAUUGCAUUACCAGAUGGAACUCUACUCAUGACAUGAUGGGUAGUUUAACUAAAAACCGUGAAGCAGUAAAUAAUUGUUUGAGAAGUAAUCCUAAGACCGAAGAAUGGUAUAUAACAGUAAGUCAAAAUGAUACCAUGACUGACCUUAUAAAUAUUUUGGAGCCAUUCAAAACAGCUACUGAAAUUCUUGGCGGUGAUAAGUAUGUCACUUUAUCGAUUGUUGGGAGAUUGUUUAAAAAUUUGAUUAGUUCUCUUGAAUGUAUUCAAACAGACAGUGUUACUAUAAAGGAUAUAAAGUUACUCAUAAGCUCUGAUCUUAAAAAAAGGCAAGAUAAAAUGGGAGAUAUUAUACAUAAAGCUGCUGCCUUAGACCCACGUUAUCGAAGUUUAAAAUAUCUGUCAGAAGAAGACAGUCAAAACACAUGGGCAUCACUUGAAACAGAAUUAUUAGAAAAUACAGUCAACUACAAUGAAAAUGAAAAACAGCCAUGCACAUCACAGUGCUCUGUGGAAGAAAGAGAAGAUACAGUUGAUCAACCUAGAAAUAAAAAAAUGAAAAAAAGUCACUCUUUACUUGCAGACAGUGAUGAUGAAGACAGCCAUGAUGAAGAUGAAGAUAUGGCAGAUGAAGGUCUUCAGCAACUGAAACGGUACAGACAGUAUGCAGAAAUUGUCCCAAAAAAUAUUGACCCCUUAGUUUGGUGGAAAGCUAACUCCUACAAAUUUCCUGUUAUUGCCAAGUUGGCAAGGAAGUAUCUGUGCAUUGUAGCCACAAGUGUUCCUAGUGAACGACUGUUUAGCCAAGCCGGGCAAGUUGUAUCACAGAAAAGAGCAAGAUUGAUGCCAAGCAGGGUAAAUGAUUUACUAUUUCUCAAUUCAUUCUUGAGGACAGAAGAAUCAAUUAAUGAUGAAGAGUUUAAGUAUGAAGAAACUGAAGAGAAUAUCUAG